UAUGAUAGUUCCAUGCAAUCCUACUCUGAUUAUUUAUUAUUUACAUAUAUGCUUUUCAUAUAGAAUUUAUGUAAUAUUUAUAUAUAAAAUUGUGAAUGAAAUUCAUGAGCGAGAGUUUGAAGCAUAGUUUUGUAUACGUUUUGAAAAAAAAUACCUUAUAUUAUAUGUUUGGGUUAUGUAAACAGAGAAAUAUUCGAUAAUUAUGAAUCUUAUCUUCCAAUCUAAUAACCUCCGCCGAUUAGGGUUCACUCAGCUGACGUGAACAUAAAAUUAUGAAGUUUAAUAGGAAUUUCAGAUAACCCUAUCCAUCAUAGCCAACAAUUAUGAGCCACAUAGGCAGAUGAAGUUUUAGGCAACAAAUAUGAUCCAUUUUGCACCUCUCGUAGAGAAGCAUUUCUCUAUCCUCUCAAUCUUUGAUAAUCUUUCUCCUUUCAAAACCACUCCUUACCAAAACCAUAACCCUCAUUCAACACAGACCUAACAGACAGGAAAAUUAUGGCUUCUACUUGUGCAGUUUCCAUGGCAAUGCCACUGACUUACACAAGUCAGAAGAGACGGCCAAGUGUUGAGGCUUUCUUGAAGCCAUUGCCGGUAAUAAGGCCCUCAAAGACUACUGCAGCAUCGAAACCAGUAGCAAAGUUUCAAGUCAAGGCUUCGCUUAAGGAGAAAGCUUUGACAGGAUUGACAGCAGCUGCACUGACUGCUUCCAUGGUCAUCCCCGACGUAGCCGAAGCAGCUGAUGGCGUUUCACCAUCCCUCAAGAACUUCUUGCUCAGCAUCUCUGCAGGUGGAGUUGUGCUUGCUGCAAUUGUUGGUGCUGUAAUUGGCGUUUCCAAUUUUGAUCCUGUCAAGCGGACUUGAGAAGCAUUUUCUGAUAUAUUUCUACUAUGUUUCUAGUGAAGAUCAAUAAAGUGUUUACAUAGCCAAUCAAUUAUUAGCUCAGAUUUUGCCGGCGAUGUGACAUAUUUAUCUUAUGAAAUUCACUAUGUCCUCUUGUUUUUGCUUUCGAUUUGCUUAUUAGAACCUUCAAUCUGGAAUUUUCUUUGCCAA